UGAAAGCUACGCUGGUUAGCUCGGCACGGAACUUCUUGAGGUAACUCUGCUCUGAAGCGGCUUUAACGCAGUUUAUCCCUGUUGACGUCAGCACGGUGGACUUUCCCGCCGAACGGAGUAACCGCCGGAGCGCGAGGCGGCGGCUCCGCCAUUGAGCAGCAAUGAGCAGCCCUGAGUCUGUCCAGAUGGAGGAGGUGAGGAGGAGGUCCCAGUCUCUCCUCUCCUCCUCGGGUUCAGCCCAGGAUGUGAAGGCGGAGGUCCAGACCAUGGCCGCCCUCCCCCUGCCUCUGUCGGAGAAGUACCGCCACCUGGGGGUGGAGGCCAUGUUGGCGGAGAACACCACCUGCCGCAACACUCAGGAGGUCCUGGAGUCUCUGAGUCGGCUGGUCAAGGCCUUGAGCAUCCUGGAGAAGUACGGCUGUAACCUGACGAGUCCGGCCCGGCCCCGGUACUGGAGGAGCGUCAAGCACAACAACCCGGUCUUCAGAACCACGGUGGACGCCAUCAAGGGCGGCCGCACCGUCCUGUUCCUGUACGGUUACACCAGCCAGCAGAGCGACGGUCUCAGUUUCCCCGACGACGUCACCCAACCAGACGCCGGCCUGGUUGCCGCGGUGACGCUGGAGGUCAUGACCUUACGCACCGAGGUGGACAUGCUGCUGAAGGGCUCACAUCCUCACCCCGAGAACUUCCGGGACAUCAUCCCCUUCAUCCUGCAGCAGGUUCCGGUCGUGCCGCUUGUUGUCCAGGACAAGCCGGCCGCCGCGGUGGAGGAGGAGGAGGAGGAGGAGGAGGAGGAGCCGGCUGACCGACCGGCGCCGGACCCCGGAGGACAGCCUCUGAAACCAGCAACAGGUGAGCUGCGACGCGCCCCAGUGAUAAGCGUUCGUGCCGACAGGAAGUUGACGCCCCCCCCCCCAGCGGGCGGCUGCAGCCUGUGCGGCGCCGCCUCCUCCCUGGUUUGCUCGUCAUGUGACGGACGGACGUUCUGCGACGCCUGCGACGACCUCUUCCACCGCCUGCCCGCCAGAGCCAAUCACAGGAGGGCCGCGCCGCCGGUGGGGGUCUGCACCAUCUGCUCCUGCAGCCACGCACUGUGUGACCCCUGUGACGCGCUGUUCCACGCACACCCCGACCACCGGGGGCACCGCAGGGGGGCCACGACCUCCAGCCCGUCCUUGUCUCCGUGGGCGUGCUCUCGCUGCACCACGGUGAACGAGAUGCGCGCCGUCCUCUGUGCGACCUGCGAGCGACCUCGGCUCGCGGCCGCCGCCCCAGAGGUCGCGGCGCCCGUCCCCACGUCGCCCAGCGCGGAGUGGCGCUGUAAGAGCUGCACGGUGGCCAACGCCGGCAGCAGCAUCCUGUGCGAGGUGUGUGAGCGCCCCCGUCUGGCCACGCGGCCGCCCGCCGCCGCCCUGGCGCCGCCCGGCCCGGGAGCCCCGGCUGAGCCCGGAGCCCAGUGGAUGUGCCAGUACUGCACCUACGUGAACUCCAGUGCCACCGGGCUUUGUGAGAUGUGCAACUUGUCGUCCAGAGACUCCGCCGGAGCUUCUCUGCCUCGCUCACUCCAGCAGACCAAAGACCAGCCCCCCCCCGAGGGGCCCCGACCCCCCCCUGAGGGAUCCCGAGGCCACCUAGAGGGACCCCAACUGGGACCAGGGGGCCACCUGGAGGCAAAACGCCAGAAGACGAUGAGGGAGGACGGCCUCCACCUCGUCCAGCAGAUCAGAGAAGCCGAGCGCCGCGGCGUCAGCGCCGAGGAGGUGUACGCCGCCAUCUGCAUGUGCGGCGGCAGCAACACCGACCCCUGUGAUUGGCUGACGUCGGAGCUGCCGCACCUGCUGGACGAGAUCUGCGCCAUGGCGGCCUCCGUCCAGGUGGAGAGGGACGGCGAGGAGGCGGAGCCAAGAGGCGUGAAGCUGUCCAGAGCCGAGGCCAAGACGGCCUGGCUGGCGGCGAGGGGAGACACGGAGAGAGCCGUGAGACAGAUGCUGAGAGACAGACAGGUCAAGAUGAAGGAGCUCCGCUCUCUGGGCUUCAGGGAGGCCCCCCGCUGUGAGGAGGCCCUCCGGCUGAGCGGGGGGGAAGUGAAGGGCGCAUUGUCUCUGCUGCAGCGCCCCCUGCUGGAGCCGUUCCACCAGCGUAUCUGGGCUGACCAGCCCGAGCCGCCGAUUGACCCCAAGCACCCGGACAAGCAGAGGACGUGCCGCCGCCUGCUGGCGCUGUACGACCUGCCCAGCUGGGGGCGCUGUGAGCUGGUGCUGGCGCUGCUGCAGGAGCCGGACGUCACCUCCUCGCUGGAGGACGUGGUGCAGGCCGUGAAGGAGUCCCAGGACAAGGACUUCAUCCGGCGCCUCCUCAUCAACGAGUGCCCCUGCUGCCUCAGCAACUUCCCCCGCAGCAAGAUGCAGUCCCUGACCUCCUGCCAGUGCUCCGUGUGCCACGAGUGCUUCGGGCAGCACUUCACGGUCGCCGUGCGCGACCGCCACAUCCGGGACAUGGUGUGCCCCGUGUGCGGCGAGCCGGACAUCAACGAGUCGGAGCAGCUGGACAGCUACUUCUCCACGCUGGACAUCCAGCUGCGUAACUGCCUGGAGGCCGACGUCUACGAGCUGUUCCACAAGAAGCUGACGGAGCACGCGCUCAUGAAGGACCCCAAGUUCCUCUGGUGCUGCCACUGCACCUCAGGCUUCAUCAACGAUGGCGACCAGCUGAAGGUCACGUGUCCGUCGUGUUUCAGGAGUUUCUGCGCUCGCUGCAAGAAGCCUUGGGAGGCCCAGCACCAGGACCUGUCCUGUGAGCAGUUCCAGCAGUGGAAGCGAGACAACGACCCGGAUCACCAGAGACAAGGACUGGCCGGCUUCCUGAGGGACAACGGCAUCACCUGCCCUUCCUGCAGGUUCCAGUACGCUCUCACUAAAGGAGGCUGUAUGCACUUCAGCUGCUUACAGUGCCGCUACCAGUUCUGCAGCGGCUGCAACAACCCCUACCACAAGACGGUCUGUAAGGCGGCUCAGUGCAGCUACACCGGGCUCCACGCUCACCACCCACGGGACUGUCUGUUCUACCUGAGGGACUGGGAGCCGGCCCGGCUGCAGGCGCUGCUGCAGAGGAGCGGCGUGGACUUCAACACGGACCCUUCAGACGCAGCGCAGGGCGCCUUGUGCUACGUGAUGGAGCAGAAGGACGAGGACGGGCAGCAGAUCGAUUCCCCGUGCGGCCACCGCGCCGAGACGGGCCGCGCCGGGCUCUGCGAGAAGCACUACAAGGAGUACCUGGUGAGCCUGGUCAACGCCCACUCUCUAGACCCCGCCCCCCUCUACGAGGCCGGAGAGCUGACUCGCGCCUGUGAGCGCUACCUGGUGGACACGCAGAGAGCGGCGGGCGGCGAGGAGGACGACGACCUCUACCACGCUCGACUGCUCAAGAAACUGACGGAGGUUCCUCUCGGAGAAACGGUUCCUCGGAAUAAAUAGAACAAUAGAACGGUUCUCCUGAACCUCAGCGCCGCUUCGUCGUUUACUGGACCGGAAGACCCGAAACAACAACUAGGAACAUCAAAACAACAACAUUAAAACAACAACAGGGAACAUUAACAUGGUGGCAGCUGAUUGGUCGUUGAUCGUUGUGAUUAAUUGAUGGUGACGAUCUUUCUAAUGAAUGUAUUUGGUUCUGGAGUUUGGAUAUUUUGACAGUUUGUUGAUUUUUAAUAUUUUUGGAAAUUUGUUUCAAGAUUUCUGGGGGGAAAUUUAUAAAUAAAACUGAAACAAAUAAAAACAGAAAUUAUAAUACAGAAAAAUCUAAAGUGUAAGAAUAUUCAUAUUUGAUCUGUUUUGUCAGUUUUUGCUUAAUAUAAAAAAAUGAUUAUUUUGAA